UAUUUGGGGGAUAGAUUUAUAAAAAGGGUUUACCACAGCAUAGUGUCCUGAUAAAGUGCUAACCGACGUGUUGACUGGUUAGUUAAAAUGGAUAAUGACAGGCAUCGGCGCGCGCGGCCCACAUUGCUGCUUAGGUGAAUCACCCCCGCAGAGUGUGACAGUGCGGUGCGGGCUAUUGAUCUGCAUGGCCACUCUAUGUGAGCAGAGUCCAUCGUAGGCGGGAGCAGCAGCGGUCAAGUCUGCUCGGUUUAGGAGGGGCCCCAGCGUAGAGGCAGCACUGUGCCUGUGGUGCAUACCAAAGCCCAAAUACAUGCCUGCAUUUCAAUUGUGUGUAGCCGCUAGUCGCAUACGGGGUCGCAUCAGGGGGGAUAUCGGACUGCUUGGUGAACAGGAUCUGACUGCUGCUUCGCUGACUACACCAGGUGGCCACGUUUCUCUGGUAAACCCCAGGUAAGAUGUCUCAUCGGAGUGGGCAAGAGGACCCGGAGCGGUACCUGUUUGUGGACCGGGCUGUGGUUUACAACCCAGCCACACAGGCUGACUGGACGGCCAAGAAGCUGGUGUGGGUCCCCUCAGAGCGCCAUGGCUUUGAGGCGGCCAGCAUCCGGGAGGAGCGUGGCGAGGAGGUGCUGGUGGAGCUGGCCGAGAACGGUAAGAAGGUGGUGAUCAACAAGGAUGACAUCCAGAAGAUGAACCCGCCAAAGUUUAGCAAGGUGGAAGACAUGGCCGAGCUCACCUGCCUGAAUGAGGCAUCUGUGCUGCAUAACCUGAAGGACCGCUACUACUCUGGACUCAUAUACACAUAUUCUGGCCUGUUCUGCGUGGUUAUCAACCCCUACAAGAACCUGCCCAUCUAUUCAGAGAACAUCAUUGAGAUGUACAGAGGGAAGAAGAGGCACGAGAUGCCUCCACACAUCUAUGCCAUCUCUGAGUCAGCAUACCGCUGCAUGCUUCAAGAUCGUGAGGACCAAUCAAUCCUUUGCACAGGUGAAUCAGGCGCUGGCAAGACCGAGAACACGAAGAAAGUCAUCCAGUACCUGGCCCACGUUGCCUCCUCACACAAAGGACGCAAAGACCACAUUCCUCCCGAAUCUCCCAAAGCAUUCAAGCUACAGGGUGAGUUGGAACGCCAGCUCCUGCAAGCCAACCCUAUCCUUGAAUCUUUUGGCAAUGCCAAGACAGUGAAAAAUGACAACUCAUCUCGCUUUGGGAAGUUCAUCAGAAUCAACUUUGACGUCACAGGCUACAUUGUUGGGGCCAAUAUUGAAACUUACCUUCUGGAGAAGUCGAGGGCCAUUAGACAGGCCAAAGAUGAGAGGACCUUCCACAUUUUCUACCGCCUGCUGGCAGGAGCUGGAGAGCAUCUCCGAACUGACCUGCUCCUCGAAGGCUUUAACAACUACCGUUUCCUGUCAAAUGGUAACAUUCCCAUCCCUGGCCAGCAGGACAAGGAUAACUUCCAAGAGACAUUGGAUGCCAUGCACAUCAUGAGCUUCUCCCACGAUGAGAUUGUCUGCAUGUUGAAGGUGGUCUCUGCAGUGCUGCAGUUUGGCAACAUUGUCUUUAAGAAAGAGAGAAACACUGAUCAGGCUUCCAUGCCUGAGAACACAGUGGCGCAGAAGCUCUGCCACCUGCUUGGAAUGAAUGUCAUGGAGUUCACCAGAGCUAUCCUCACACCAAGGAUCAAAGUGGGACGAGACUAUGUACAGAAGGCACAGACCAAAGAACAGGCUGACUUUGCUGUUGAAGCCCUGGCCAAGGCAACAUAUGAGCGGCUGUUCCGCUGGCUGGUUCACCGCAUCAACAAGGCCCUGGACAGGACCAAACGCCAGGGGGCGUCAUUCAUCGGCAUCCUGGAUAUCGCUGGCUUUGAGAUCUUUGAGCUGAACUCAUUUGAGCAGCUCUGUAUCAACUACACCAAUGAGAAGCUGCAGCAGCUUUUCAACCACACCAUGUUCAUCCUGGAGCAGGAGGAGUACCAGAGGGAGGGCAUCGAGUGGAGCUUCAUCGACUUCGGCCUGGACCUGCAGCCCUGCAUCGACCUCAUUGAGAGGCCGACUAACCCCCCUGGUAUCCUCGCUCUGCUGGAUGAGGAGUGCUGGUUCCCCAAGGCCACCGACAAGACCUUUAUAGACAAGGUGCUCCAGGAGCAGGGCACACACACCAAGUUUCAGAAGCCGCGUCAGCUCAAGGACAAAGCUGACUUCUGCAUCAUUCACUACGCAGGGAAGGUGGACUAUAAAGCUGAUGAAUGGCUUAUGAAAAACAUGGAUCCCCUGAAUGACAAUGUGGCAACGCUGCUGCACCAGUCAACUGACAAGUUUGUGGCUGAGCUCUGGAAAGACGAAAUUCAGACGUUUCAGAGAGCCUCUUUCUAUGACAAUGUGUCUGGGCUCCAUGAAGCUCCAGUCGACAGAAUCGUGGGUCUGGACCAGGUUGCAGGCAUGAAUGAGACAGCAUUUGGUGCAGCCUACAAGACCAAGAAGGGCAUGUUCCGCACCGUGGGACAGCUGUACAAGGAGCAGUUAUCUAAGCUGAUGGCCACACUUAGGAACACCAAUCCCAACUUUGUCCGCUGUAUCAUCCCGAACCACGAGAAAAGGGCUGGUAAACUGGACCCCCACCUGGUUCUGGACCAGCUGAGGUGUAAUGGUGUGCUGGAGGGGAUUCGUAUCUGCAGACAGGGCUUCCCCAACCGCAUCGUUUUCCAGGAGUUCAGACAGAGGUAUGAGAUCCUCACUCCUAACGCCAUUCCCAAGGGCUUCAUGGAUGGCAAGCAGGCCUGUGAGAGAAUGAUUCAAGCCCUGGAGCUGGACAGCAACCUGUUCCGUAUCGGCCAGAGUAAGAUUUUCUUCAGGGCCGGAGUCCUGGCCCACUUGGAGGAAGAGAGGGACCUAAAGAUCACUGACAUCAUCAUUUACUUCCAGGCUGUCUGCCGGGGAUAUCUGGCACGCAAGGCCUUUGCUAAGAAGCAGCAGCAGCUCAGUGCUCUGAAGGUUCUCCAGAGAAACUGCGCUGCCUACUUGAAGCUGCGUCACUGGCAGUGGUGGAGACUCUUCACCAAGGUGAAGCCUCUGCUGCAGGUGACCAGGCAGGAGGAGGAGAUGCAGGCUAAAGAUGAAGAGCUUGUCAAGGUGAAGGAGAAGCAGACCAAGGUGGAGGGAGAGCUGGUGGAGAUGGAGAGGAAACACCAGCAGUUAAUGGAGGAGAAGAACAUCCUAGCUGAGCAGCUGCAGGCAGAGACAGAGCUGUUCGCAGAGGCUGAGGAGAUGAGAGCUCGUCUGGCGUCCAAAAAGCAAGAGCUGGAGGAGAUCCUUCAUGAUCUGGAGUCCAGGCUGGAGGAAGAAGAAGAGAGGACACAGGGCCUGCAGAACGAGAAGAAGAAGAUGCAGACCCAUAUCCAGGACCUAGAAGAACAGUUGGAUGAGGAGGAAGCUGGCAGGCAGAAGCUGCAGCUAGAGAAAGUGACAGCUGAGGCCAAAUUGAAGAAAUAUGAAGAGGACAUUUUGCUACUAGAAGACCAGAACUCCAAGUUCCUCAAGGAAAAGAAGCUGUUGGAGGACCGAAUCAAUGAGAUGACCUCGAUGCUAGCUGAAGAGGAAGAAAAGGCAAAGAACCUAGGCAAAGUCAAGAACAAGCAGGAGAUGAUGAUGGUCGACCUGGAGGAGAGACUGAAGAAGGAGGAGAAGACCCGUCAGGAGCUAGAGAAGGCUAAGAGGAAGCUGGAUGGGGAGACAUCCGACUUCCAGGACCAGAUAUCCGAGCUACAGGCCCAGAUCGAGGAGCUGAAGGUUCAGCUCGGCAAGAAGGAAGACGAGCAGCAGAUGAUGCAGGCUAGGGGUGAAGACGAGGUUAGCCAGAAGAACAAUGCUCUGAAACAGGUGAGGGAGCUGCAGGCCCAGCUGUCUGAGCUGCAGGAGGACCUUGAUUCAGAGAAACAGGCAAGGAACAAGGCUGAAAAACUCAAGAGGGAUUUGAGUGAAGAGCUUGAGGCCCUUAAGACUGAACUGGAGGACACCCUUGAUACAACCGCUGCCCAGCAGGAACUUAGGACCAAGCGUGAACAGGAGGUUGCGGAGCUGAAGAAGACCAUUGAGGAGGAGACUAAAAACCACGAAUCUCAGAUCCAGGAGAUGAGACAGAGGCAUGGCGCUGUCUUGGAAGAGCUGUCUGAACAGCUGGAACAGGCCAAGAGGUUCAAGGCCAACCUGGAGAAGACCAAGCAGAGCCAGGAGAUUGCCAACAAGGAGCUGGCCAGCGAGGUCAAGAGCCUGCAGCAGGCAAAGACGGAGUCUGAACACAAGAGGAAGAAACUGGAGGCUCAGCUGCAGGAGUUCAUGGCCAAGGUCACUGAGGGAGAGCGAGCCAAGGGAGAACUGUCUGAACGCACACACAAACUGCAGACUGAGUUGGAAAAUGUGUCUUCCCUGCUGGAAGAUGCAGAGAGGAAGGGUAUCAAGAUGGCCAAAGAUGUCGCUGGACUAGACAGUCAGCUGCAAGACACACAGGAGCUGCUCCAGGAGGAGACACGUCAGAAACUAAACCUCAGCAGUCGUAUACGCCAGCUGGAAGAGGAGAAGAACACUCUGCAGGAGCAGCAGGAGGAGGAUGAGGAGGCGCGCAAGAAUCUGGAGAAAAUGAUGUUGACCCUACAGGCUCAGCUGUCAGAGAGCAAGAAGAAGCUAGAGGAUGAUGUUGGAACAAUAGACGGCCUGGAGGAGAUGAAGAAGAAGCUGCAGAAGGACCUGGAGUUGGCAAGCCAGCGUCUGGAGGAGAAGACCAUCGGCUUUGAAAAGAUGGAGAAGACAAAGACCCGUCUGCAGCAGGAGCUGGAUGAUCUAACAGUUGACUUGGAUCACCAGAGACAGAUCGUCUCCAACCUGGAGAAGAAACAGAAGAAGUUUGACCAGAUGCUGGCUGAGGAGAAGAGCAUCUCGGCUCGUUACGCUGAAGAGCGUGAUCGUGCCGAAGCUGAGGCCAGGGAGAAGGAGACCAAGGCUCUGUCCAUGACCAGAGCUCUGGACGAGGCGUUGGAGGCCAAAGAGGAGCUGGAGAGGAUUAACAAGCAGCUUCGUGCUGAAAUGGAAGAUCUGAUGAGCUCCAAGGAUGACGUGGGCAAGAAUGUCCACGAGCUGGAAAAGUCCAAGCGCACUCUGGAGCAGCAGCUGGAGGAGAUGAAGACUCAGCUGGAGGAGCUGGAGGACGAGCUGCAGGCCACAGAGGAUGCCAAGCUGCGUCUGGAGGUCAACAUGCAGGCCAUGAAGGCCCAGUAUGAGAGAGACCUUCAGGGCCGGGACGACCAGAACGAUGAGAAGAAGAGAGCACUGGUCAAGCAGGUGCGAGAGAUGGAGGCAGAGUUGGAGGACGAGAGGAAGCAGAGAGGUUUGGCUGUAGCAGCUAAAAAGAAGCUGGAGAUGGAUUUGAAGGAUAUAGAGGGUCACAUAGAAGGAGCCAACAAGGCUCGAGAUGAAGCCAUCAAACAGCUGCGCAAGUUACAAGCCCAAAUGAAGGACUACCAGCGGGAGUUGGAAGACGCCCGAGCUUCUCGAGAUGAUAUUUUUGCCAUAUCCAAGGAAAAUGAGAAGAAACUCAAGAGUCUGGAAGCUGAGAUUGUCCAGCUACAUGAGGACCUGGCAGCGUCUGAGAGGGGCCGGCGCCACGCAGAGCAGGAACGGGAUGAGCUGCAAGAUGAAAUCUCAAACAGCACCUCUGGAAAGUCUGCUCUGAUGGAUGAGAAGAGGAGGCUGGAGGCUCGCAUUGCUCAACUGGAGGAGGAGCUGGAAGAAGAGCAGGGUAACAUGGAGCUACUCAAUGACCGCUUCAGAAAGACAAAUAUGCAGGUGGACACCCUGACUACAGAGUUGAGUGCGGAGCGCAGCACAGCCCAGAAGAGUGAAAACGCUCGCCAGCAAUUGGAGCGUCAAAACAAGGAGCUGCGGGCCAAGCUUGGCGAGCUGGAGGGUUCUGUGAAGAGCAGGUUCAAGGCCUCCAUCACUGCCCUGGAGGCCAAGAUAGCACAGCUGGAGGAACAGCUGGAGCAGGAGGCCAAGGAACGAGCAGCAGCCAACAAGAUUGUUAGAAGGACCGAGAAGAAGCUGAAAGAAAUCUGCAUGCAAGUGGAGGAUGAGCGUCGCCACGCCGACCAGUUUAAAGAACAAGUGGAAAAGGGUAACUCUCGUAUGAAGCAGCUGAAGCGUCAGCUGGAGGAGGCUGAGGAGGAGGCCACGAGGGCCAACGCUUCGCGCAGGAAACUGCAGAGAGAGCUGGAUGACGCCACCGAGGCCAGCGAGGGUCUGAGCCGCGAGGUUCACACGCUCAAGAACCGCCUCAGGCGUGGCGGCCCCAUCAGCUUCUCUUCCAGUCGCUCAAGCAGACGUCAGCUUCAGGUGGAGGGGACUUCCUUGGACCUCCUGUCUGAUGAUGAGCUGGAAAACAAGAUUACCGACAACAAUGCCAAUGAGACACCGACGCCCCAGCCGGAGUAGAAGAGAAAAAACCUCAACUAUUGCUCUCCCAUCACCUCUCAGCCCCAACAGAGACCCUCCCAGCUUGAAUAGGGACCCUCUUCUUGCCCCCUCUAGCCCAUGUCUGGACAGAUCUGUUCUCUCCAAACACCAAAACCAUGAUCUAAGCAAGAAACCCCCGUAUUCCUGACCUUACUUCUCAACCCUAAACUUUGGCAGACACCAGCAGUUGGAUCCUCAAUGCUCUCUUUACCACCCCCACUUCAGGUUGUAAGAAGCACUACUCUGCCUCACCGCUCCUUUUCAAGCUGCAGGGCUGUAUAAUAGCAACUUCCAUCAUGCGUUGACUACUUCGGUAACCUGAAUGGGAGAUAAGCUGUAUCACAGAUAGAAGUGCUUUUCUUAAACUGCAUAUGUGCAUAUUUUGUGAACUAAAAAGCUCCCUGAUCCGUUUCCCGCACACAUUAGAAAUACAUAAACCUUCUGACAGAGUUCUGCUCAUAAUUCAGUGAGUGCACAUGUGUCUGGAUGAUAAUUAUCCUCCGCUGGACCAGUAUUUAGCAGUUUCAUAUGCUUCCAAAUGCUAAAAUAAUGGCAUUGCAAUAUUUGAAAGGAACACAUCAUGAUGAAGGCAAACAACCUUCCAACUUUAUUUUUUCAUCAAUCUACAAUAUACAGUAUGCCCAUCAUAUGAAUCAGUUUAGUUAUAUUAGUUGAAUUGUAACUUUUCCAGUAUUUUUCCAGUCCUAUGCUUGGAUUGUUUGCUUGCAUAUAAAUAUAGAAAUGUGGCUGUAAGCUGCCUUGUUGCCUCAGUGCUACAAAACGUUGCUCUUUAGACAGUAUUGGUUUCUCAGAUGUUUGACAGUAGGUCAGUGUUGACUUGUAAUUAUUUGGUGUGAGUGCAAAAGCAGCAAUCACACGCAUGUGCUUCUGCUUACUUCUUCUUCUUCUGUGCCUUUUUUCACCCACUCAAAAAUUAAAAAAAAACCCAUUUAUGCCGCAUAUACUGUUCAUAUAUUGAACCAUGCCUAAUUUCAUGAAGGUAUUUUCAUAUAAUAUUCAUAAAUCUGCAUAUGUAAUUGAGAUAUUAGUGGGAAACUGAUUUUCUUUGAUUUGUAUGUCCUCUUACCGCUUUUAUGUUACCACAAUGAUUGAUAUGUCAAACAGUGCGGGAUUCUUUCUAGAUGGGUGCUAUGACUUUUCUUAUUGAUAACUUUUAUACUUUUUGAGUUAUUACGAUUUAAAAACAAUCCAAUAGACAUCAACUGUAUUUAUAUCUCUGCUAUUGUAAACAGUACAAACUCCAUUCAUAUGUCAAAAUGCUCAGUAUUGCACAUUAAUCAACUGUACCUAUGCUCAUUACCAUGACAUGUACAGUUUAUGAGUUAUUAGGAGCUAUAUAAUACAUUAAAGUCUAUGGAGCCCAAUUCA